CUCAGCAAUCAUUCAUUGACCGGUGUGCAAUCACACCCCCAUUCAUUAUGUACACCGGGGAGAUUCACUCCCCAACAGGCUAUCAAACCAUGCAGACACAAACAAAGAACUGGCGGGUCGGCCAGCCAUCCCAGAUCCGUCCUCCAAACACCACCCAAAACGCCCUCAUCCCCCAGUGGGAUGGUCAUCACUGGGCCGCAGGGAAUCAAUCAAAAAAAAAAAAAAAAAAAAAAAAGAAAAAGAAGAAGAAACAAGUGAGCCAGCGCCAACAAGAUGGUAUCUCCCGGGAACCCGAAGGGCAACAAAAAACAAUGCAAACAUUCCAUGCAGACACACCCGCCCCAUCCCCGGGGGAUGUGCUUCCGGGCUUUCACCGUCGGUCAGCCACUUCCGUCCGCCCAUCGCAAAGUCGUCGGAGUAGGAUCUAGCCGAUAUUAUCGCUGAUAGCGAGGUAGAGUCUCAUCCGCGGGGGCCGUACGCCCGACCAGCGGGGUGUCAUCGUCCUCGUGGAAUAAAGGGGCACUGGGCCCGUCCGCGACAGGAGAAUCGUGGUCCCCUGGCGCGCU